AUUUUUUCUAGACACUGUUGAGUUUUUAAAGUCACAUUAGGGAGAUUUUAUAGUCACUGUAGAGUUUUAAGUCACUGUAGGGAGUUGUGAUAGUCCCUGUACAGACUUUUGUAGUCACUGUUACAACUGUAGCUGAAAAUAGUUUUUAUACGCCCGAAGGGACGUAUUAUGUUAUAGCCCCGGUGUCCGUCUGUCUAUCUGUCCAUCCGUUAGCAAUUUUGUGUCUGCUCUGUAACUCUUGAACCCAGAGUUUUUUUCUCUUCAUAAUAGGGGCUGUUAAUAGGCCCCUUCCCCUCAGAAAAUUUCUUUUAAAUCAUGCAGUUUUCCCCCAAAAUUUACUUUACAUCAGCUUUUUUAUUCCCUUUUGCCCAAAUACUGAGCUAUUUUUUUCCCUAAAUCACAGGCCUAGGCCCCUUCCCCUCCUGGUAAAAAAAACCCCUGGAACCACUUGACUGAUUUCAAAGAAACUUGACAAAAAUGUUCACCACAUGAAGAGAAAGUGCAGAGCGCAUGUUCUGGAUGGCCCGCUUCAAGGUCAAAGUCACACUUAGGGGUCAAAGGUCAUAUGAGUGUGUUUCAUGUCCGCUCUGUAACUCUUGAACUGCUUGAAGGUUGCCACAAAUGUUCACCACAUUGAGAUGACUUACAGAGUACAUGAUCUGGAUGGCUCGCUUCAAGGUCAAGGUCACACUUAGGGUUCAAUAGUCAUAUGAGUGUGUUUCGUGUCUGCUGUGUAACUCUUGAACUGCUUGUUCAGGAGGAUUGUAAAGAAAUUGCCACAAAUGUUCCACACAUCGAGACAACGUGCAGAGUGUAUGUUCUUGAUCUCUUGCUUCAAGGUCAAGGUCAUAGUUAGGGGUGAAAGGUCAUUGCUAUGAAACUCUUGAACCCCUUGAUGGAUUUUGAAGAAACUUGACACAAAAGUUUUACCAUCAACAUUGAGAGUUACAGUCAGCAUUGAGAGUUUAUCAGUCAGUGCAGGGCUUUUGCAGUAAGCAUUGAGAGUUUUACCAUCAACAUUGAGAGUUACAUUCAGCAUUGAGAGUUUAUCAAUGAGUGCAGGGCUUUUGUAGUCAGCAUUGAGAGUUUUACCAUCAACAUUGAGAGUUACAUUCAGCAUUGAGAGUUUAUCAGUGAGUGCAGGGCUUUUACAUUCAGCAUUGAGAGUUAUACAGUCAAAAUUGAAAGUUUUAUCAGUCAGUGUAUGAUUUAAGACUCAGCAUUGAGAGUUUAUCAUCAACAUUAAGAGUUUCAGUCAGCAUUGAGAGUUUAUCAGUGAGUGCAGGGCUUUUACAUUCAGCAUUGAGAGUUUUACAGUCAAAAUUGAAAGUUUUAUCAGUCAGUGUAUGAUUUAAGACUCAGCAUUGAGAGUUUAUCAUCAACAUUAAGAGUUACAGUCAGCAUUGAGAGUUUAUCAGUCAGAACAGGGCUUUUGCAGUCAGCAUUGAGAGUUAUACAGUCAGCAUUGAGAGUUUAAUCAGUCAGUGAAGGGUUUUGCAGUCAGCAUGAGAGUUUUACAGGAUUUUAAAAUGAGGAUUUGAGCAGCUGUAAAUGAUGAAGACAAUCACGGAUCAAGUAUUUCUUAUUCUGGCCAUAAUUUUACCAGUUUUCUGCCAGACAAAGAUUGAAACAGCCUCACAGACAGUUACUAAAACCACUGGCCAGACCGCACAGUUUAAUUGUAAAGUGACAAAUCUUCAGCCUUCACAAACUGUAAUUUGGGAGUUUGUUGACCAUAAUCAAACUAUAUCUGUAGGGAAUAAAAUACAUGCUGGGAACGAACACUUAGACUCAAAAUACACAAUAUCCAGACCACAAGAUGGUGGAGACUUUUGGAACCUUGAAAUAAACAAUGUUGACCUGACAGAUAAAGGUUCAUAUAAAUGUUACGUCAGUGGGACCUCUGCAAAGGUGACACAUCAUUUGGAGAUAACUGAUGCUCCUGAGGACAAGCCAGUUCCAGAUUUAAAUGUCACAGCAUUUUUGCCUAGCCCACCAACUGGUGUUUCUGCUGUCAGCUCAGGAACAGCUCUUCUUGUUACAUGGCAACCUCCGCUGGACAAUUUAGAUGUUGUUGUUGGUUACAAGAUUCAGUAUAAAAAGAAAGGAGCUGCUGUUUUUAAUUCGACAAAAUCUUUACCAUCAGACCUCACUGUGAGUACAUUGGAUAAUUUAGAACUGAAUGAAGUAUACGAGAUACAGGUUGUUGCGCUGGCCAACAGCGGUGCAAGUCAGCCGUCUCUACCUAUUUACAAAGCCACUGGAGAGGUAAUUCCAGUAUUAAACUAUACACAGACAAUCAAAGAUUGUUGUAAAGAUAAGAACAUUUCACUUGGUUGCCAGGAUUAUUGCGACGCUAGUAUGUAUUACACUGGAGGUGACCCUAACAUGCUUCAGUGUACGUCUGAACUUGAUGUCAUAUACCAGUGUAUAGCAGGUCAUGGUGACCACACUCCUUGUUGUAAGAGGAACCAAGUACCGGAGGCAUGUUUUGGUUUUUGCCGAGGUGAACCCAAUCUUAGCUGGAGUAGUGUUCAGUGUCUCAACUCCAUGAAUGUCAUAGCUACAUGUGUGGUUGAAGGCCAUUUUCUCCUUCCCGAUCCACCUCAGAACACUCGUAUACUUGCUGAAACUGUCACAUCUAGCUCGGCCGUUGUUGCCUGGGAUCCUCCAGACACUGUAUCUGCCCAGACUGUAGAUCACUACUUAGUAUCCUGGAAAAUAGACAAGGAAACAAUACCUAAUUGGACAGGCGAAGAGGUAUAUAGUGGCACCAAAUAUGAGAUUACAGGACUUGAAGCUGCUACAGUGUAUGAUGUCAUAGUUACAAGUGUUAAUGCUAAUGGUUCCAGUCUGCCAGAGCUAACCCUUCUUUUGAUCACUGAAGGAAUUUCUGUUACACCAGUGACAACAUUCAAUGAAACAGAAUGUUGCAUGGAGCAAGGAGUGUAUGGUAGCUGCCUUCAGUUAUGUGUUCAUGAAUUCCGUAUGUCAGAUCAAUCCCUCCCGUUGGCUUUCAAUUGUACGUCUGCUGUGACACCUAUGUUACUCUGUGGAACAGAUGGACGAGAUCAUAGAGUGUGUUGUAAGAGGAAAAACGUUCCGUCAAAUUGUUUAGGAUUGUGUAAUCUUCAGCCCGGUGUUACUCCCAGCAUAAGCUUUAUUGAGUGUAUUCCAUACAGAUCUUCAUUUUCAGAGUGUUUUGAUGAAGGAAAAGCUGUAUUGCCAAGGUCACCAGAGGAGGUUGAAGUGAAGAAGAUAGAGCAAUAUUCUAUAAUACUAGACUGGAAACCUCCAGGAGGACCAAACAUCACCAGCUAUACAGUGGAAUACUCCAUGGAUAACAGAUACUGGAUGAAGCAACUGAGCACUAACCAUACAUAUUAUGCUGUGAAGGAUCUAAAGCCAGACACAGUCUACUACUUCCGUGUCACCUCAAUUAAUGAGAAGGGUCAGAGCACACCGUCAAAUACCAUUGUAGCAUAUACUAGUGCAGUGCCCUCAGAUAAGACAGAAGAAGAAUGGAUGCAGUUGUGGCAUGAUAGAGAAGAAUGUUGUUCCAAGAGCAAUAUAUCAAGUGAUUGCCAGUCAUCAUGUCUGUCUGGUGUGAGGGAAGACCUUGAUACAAAAAACUGUUAUAAUGACAUUGAUAAAAUCAUAGCUUGUGGUGCAGAUGGACGUGAUCACAGCCAGUGUUGCAGGAAAAAGAUUCCAGGAUUUUCGCCAGAGUGUAUGCAUUAUUGUCAGGGUCAACCGGGGUCAAGGGACAUAACAGCUGCUCUUUGUCUCAAAUUUCUGGGACCGAUUUUGUCCUGUUUCACUGAAGGACAAGGCUUGCUGCCAACACCACCGCAGUAUGUGAAGGCUGCUGUCAAGUCCAGUACUGACAUAAUCAUGAAAUGGACACAUCCAGCCAGUAAUUGUAAUUCCAGUUGUUUUUAUGUCACCUAUAUCUGGGAAGACAGUAAUAAACAGGCUGUUAACAAGAGUAGAACUAAGUUGAACACCUACACCUUCUCCAACUUGAAACCCAUGACAACGUACCGUGUAGCUGUUGGCUCGUACAACAAAAAUGGGAUGAGCUUGCCUUCGCCAUACAUCAUCAUAACCACACAAGCUGACUCUCCACAUACUGUAUCUGUAUCACAAGCGCCCUCUGGUGUUGUUGACUCUGGUACAUCUGUACAGUUAGAAUGUGUUGGACUUGGUGCCGAACUCGACAGUGUCAAAUGGAUCAGAAACAGACAACUUGUCUCUCAAGAAAAUUUGUACAUUAUAAAAGAAUUGUCAAGUGAUAAUCAGGGUUUAUAUUCAUGUCAAGUUACGUUUGUGGAUGGAAAGGUGAUCAGGGACGAGCUUUACCUAAAUGUUAGAUACAAACCAGUAGCAAAGAAAAUGACAGAAAAGACAGUGUUGCCAGGGGUUAACCAAGAUGCCAAGUUAAUUUGCGAGUUUGAAGGUUUCCCUGAUAUUGUCACAUGGUCCAAGGAUGGUAACACAUUACAGGGUGGUGCCAAGUACAAUAUGCCAACACUGAGGACCGAUCUGGUCACAGGCAAAACUACAAGUGCUCUGACAGUGAAAAAUGUUGUCUCAGAUGACUUUGGAAGCUACACUUGUAGUGGGUCGAAUAAGUUUGGAGAAAUGCACUCCACUGGUAACUUGAGAAAUAUGUUUCCUGUUACUCCUGUACCAACGUCGGCACCACCAAAUAAAACAGAUGUUGCAGACUGUUGCCGCUCGAAAGGCGUUCCACCUGACUGCUCGAGACAAAUUUGCACCUAUGAUAUAGAUAUUAACAACAUAUUCAGUAACUCGGCAUUGACACAUUGUGCAAACUAUCUGACAGACUUUUUCUCAUGUGCAGCCGAUGGGAAAGAUCAUUCAAAAUGUUGUACAAAACAAGGAGUAACUGAAGCAUGUCUGCCAUUCUGUGCAGGAGUCAUCCCAGAACAUGACAAUCAGCUUGAACUGUUGGUGUGUCUUCCACAUGCAAAUAUACUUAUCAACUGUGCUAUACAGGGGGCACAUUACAUACCAUCUCCUCCAAGAAAUGUACAUGUACAGCAGAUGUACGAUACAGUUAAGGUGUUCUGGGAUGUUCCGGAGCAGAAUGCUGAUAAAGUAGAUGUUUAUCAUGUGUAUUACAGGUCCAAAUCAGUGGAGGAGACAUUUGAUGCUGCGAGUAAACUAUCUCGAUCAAAAGCUUUACAGCCAGAGCUUAUCAAGAAAGGAGAGACAUACACUGUGUGGGUGAAAGCCAUUAAUGAUUUUGGAUCCAGCAAUAUGUCUGAUCAUGCAACAAUAACCAUUACAGGCCUGGUACCACCUGCCCCUGGCAACUUGCAAGGAAAAGCUUUACCAGAUGACAUUAUUGAAGUUACAUGGGACCCUCCAAAUACACAACUUCAUAUCAAAAGCUAUGCUUUACAUUAUCAACCCUUAGGUGGUAAGGAAAGGAUUGUUAAUCCAAUAAAGACUUCUACACGACUAAUAGGUCUAAUGCCGAAGACAAGAUAUAUCAUAUCAGUGGCAGCUGUUAGUGCUGAUGGUGAAGGAAAGAGAACAAAUACUAUAACAAUCAAAACAGUUGAAUCAACAAGUCCACUAACAGUGACACCAGAGCCUCAAACUAGUAAUAGAACAGUGGGUGUUGUUGUUGGCGUUGUGUUGGGUUUGAUAUUCCUGGUGGCAAUCGCUGUGGUAGCUGUGCUACUCUUCAGGAGACUUGGCAGAUCAAAAUCUACUCAGAAUCAGACCGUAGCUUUUGAGAAUCCUCACUAUGCAACAGGACAAAGGGUGACUGGUUUGCCUGGGGAGAGUGAAACUAACUCAUUCCAGUAUGGAAAAUUGAAUGAGGAGCAGGAUCGUGAACAUUCCUACAUGACAUUAGACAACACUCAUACAAGCAGUACAGACACCCCUGCCACUCUUGAUCUUGAUCAGGCAUAAUAUUAUAGGUGUUAGAUUUCUCAAUGGGUGUUAUAUAUCUCCGCAUUUCAUAGAUUUCUCAACAGAUGUUAGAUUUCAUGACAAAAUAUUUUUAAAUGGUUCAUAAAAUGUCCUUUUAGUAUUAAUUUGUUUUCAUUGUCCCAUUAUCUUGUACAGGAACAUUAGGAAUAAGAGUGAUAGCCUCGGAGUUUUAGAUUGGAUUUUUUUUUUUUUUAAGUUUUAGUUUUGACAUGCACAUAUGAUAUUCUUUACAGUUUAUGUUGGCUGGAAAUUAUCCUUUUUUCAAUAUGUUUUAAUAUGUGAGAAAUGGCUUGAAGCUGCGAUCAGUUCUAAGUUAUGUUUGCAGGAAGUUGUCCCGUUUAUGGUAUGUUUGAUAUAAUAGGACGUAAUCCUUUCCAAGUCAUUGCAGCAAAAAAAUUAUCCUUCACUCAGUAUGUUAUUUCGUGAGAUAUGAAUUUAGGAUAUAAUCCAUUUCAGAUUAUAUUGGCAGCAAGUUACCCUUCCUGGGUGUAUUUUAAUUUGUAAGAUAUAACAUUUCAAGUUAUAUUGGCAGGAAGUUAUCCCUUUCUCAGUAGAAUGAUACAUAUCAAAAGUGGUUGUGAUAUAGUUAUUUAGUACAAUAUUGUGAUAUAAUAAGCAUUGUGUUGUUCAUUUUGUUUUUGUCUAGAUAUUGGUGUUUAUGUUGUUAACUGGUGUAUACAGAGUAGAAACAUAUCAUAGUUCUUUUAAUACAUACAAUGUACUAUAACUCACUUAUAGCAAUUCCAUUACAGAUAAACUGUGCUAAUCCUUGAACAGGAUUGAAAAGAAGAUCUUGAUUCCAUAAUUUCUGUAAGAAACAGCUGACAGCUACACAGUGUCACUACCCUGAUUGGCCACAUGUCAGUAAGGGUCAGCUGGGCAGCAGUCUAAUUGAAUCUGGGUCUGGCAGCAUAUAAAUUGCGGAUAUUAAAUUUUGUCUGUUGGAGCUUAUUUAUGUAUCUGAACUAAUAAUUUGUACAUCAUACUAAACAUCUCAUGGAGUGGUAGCAGGGCCUUUUCUUUAAUUUUGGAGAUAGUUUUUACAAGUAGUUUAUUAUUAGAUAUAGAUGCGUCCGUUAAAGUUACAACAGUAGGGACAUGUAAUUAACAAAAAAAUACCUAAACCUGUAAAGGAUUUUCUUUAACAUAAAGGAAGAAGUUUUGCUCUCACCAUGUAUUGCGGGUGCAUUUUUUUUUUUUUUUUUUUUGAUGAAUUUGAAAUCACAUUUUCACAUUCUACCACAGUAAAAGAGCAGCUGAUUGAGAAAAUAUCACUUGUGUUUUGCCAGACUAUUGCAGACGACCAUAACGGUGAUGGCCACAUUCUUUUCUUUCAGUCUUUCUUUUCCAGCCUUAUUGAUGAGACCUAGAAAGUUUUUUUACAUGUUUUAAAGAAAAUUGGACAUAUUAGGUUGUUCUUCUUUUUAUCGAAAAAUCUGAGUUUUACAUAAUAGAUUGCUAAAUCACAGGUUAUUGAGUCGUUUUCAGCAUUUAAGUCAGGUGUUUAGUUGUGUAAUUAAACUGGGUUUGAAUAUACUGUUUCAUUAGAGGAUAUUGUCUGUAUGUCAGUAUCAUAGUCUGAUAACGCAGCCAAUACUAGAACUAGGUCAAGUACCUAGGAACCUGCAGUUUGCUAGAUUGGAAUUGAAUGCACUUUGCUUCAUGUUUAAGAAACUUGUGAGAGUUCUAAUCUGUUUGCUCAAAAUUUAGGCCAGGCUAGAAAAGUCUUUAGUUUUAUAUGCAAUUUUUGUUUCUAUCAGGGUAUUGAUUACAUAUCAAUUUGAGCAUUUUGAUGUUUAAGGAGAUGUAAAUUUUGUUUUAGCUCACCUGGACUUGUUCAGGAUGAGCUUUUAGUAUAGGUGGAUGGUAUGGUGUCCGUUGUCCUGCAUCCUUCAUCAGGACUUCUGCAUAUACAUUUUUACAAAAACAUCUAUUCUAUAAUUGCUGGUCAGAAUUACACUAGACUUGGUCUGUAGUGUCCUGGCAUAGACUUCGGUCAAGUUUUAAUCUUGGUAUGUAGUAUCCUUGUAUGGACUCAGAAUUGUUCAAAUAAUUCUUCUUUACCACUUUUAGGAGCCACCAGAGCUAAAAAUAGAAAAAAAACAACAACUUUUGCACUGCUGCUUCGCAUGAACCACAAUGGAUCUUCAACAAAUUUAGUCUGUAGCAUCUUUGUACAGUUCUCGCUCCAAAUUUGUUUUGUUCUGUUUGUUCAGUUUGGCUCCUUUUAGGGGCCACCAGAGCUAAAAAUGGAGAAACUGUUAAAUGACUUCUCAUGAACAGCUAAAUGUAUCAUUACAAAACUUAGCCAAUAGCAUCCUUGCAUUGACUUCUCUUGAGUUUGUUGAUAUGGUUUUACUUGACACCAUUUAGGGGCUAUCCUUGGUUGGACCUCUCUCAUAUCUUUUAUGAUCAUGCAUUUUAAGGGUUGUCACAGCAAGAAAAAAAGGAAAUAAAUUUAAAGAAUUUUAAUGAACUCCUUAAUGGAUGUUCACCAAACUUCGUCAGAAGCAAGGCCAGAAUGUCAUAGUUCUCCACAUGUGAGCAACUUAUGCCAAUUUGGGCCUCUUGUUUAAUUUAUAAGGAUUGUCCAAAAAAGUUAGGCCAUGCAGCUAUGUUUAUAUCAGAUUUACUAAUUUUGGCCUAAUCAAGGUAAAAAUGUUUUUUAAUAGUACAAUAAAAAUGUUUAUACAGUGAAAA